UGUAAGCUCAAUGCUGUCAGCUGUGGCUUGUGUUUACUAAUCACUAUUGCGCAUAUGUCGUGCGGCGCGGCGCCGAACUCUUACGCUUUUUUAAUAUACUGUAAGACCGUCAGAUGACGCUAGCCGAGUCAUACAACGUGCAGAAGAGUUUUAUAUUGUCAUCGGUUAAUAAGUCAUCAAUAAACAUUUUAAGUGAGAAAAUCAGCAUGUUUGUAUUGAAAUUGGGUUUUAAACCGAGUCAGACAAUUAUGAUUCCUCAAAAAUUAUUGAGAAGUAUCAAAUGCCCAAAGCUUUUCUUUUCAAAUUAUCAAUCUAAUCAACAAUUACAUACAUCGAGUAGUCAAUAUAAUAUAAAUGAAACUGAACUAUUUAAAAAAUCUGAUGAAAAGCCAGAAAGAAGAUUGAAAGAAUGGAGAAAACCUUUGAUCGAAAUGACUGAGGAGAGAGCUUUAGGCAUUGGCCCUGAUAAUAAACUUAUCAAAUUCUUUCAAUUAGAUGCUACCUUUACUCCAGGGGGUUUCAGUGAUUUAGUUAAAGCAAAGAAUAUUGAAAGAGAAAAAGAACUACAAAAGUUUGAAAUUGCAAGACACCAUGCAUUGGGCACAGAUUUAGCAAUGGCCUACUUUCUAAUAUACAGAGGAGGAAAAGUCAAAUUUAAAGGUCAUGACGAGUGGUUUAGUUUGGAUGAAAAAACAAAAUCUGUGGAUAUUCCUAAUAAAUUUGAUGCUAAUUAUGUUGCAAUAGAAUUUGAUGCUAGUGAUGUUGUUCUUUACUAUGAAGGAUUGGAAAAUUUUCAAAAUUUACCCAGAAUUCGUAGAGCCAUUUUUGCUAGAUCACCUGAGUUUGAUGAUUGGUUCAUGGAUAGAAUUUCAAACUUGUUUCCGAAUCUUGAGUACUUAGAUGUCUCAGAUUGUCCAAAAUUAACAGAAAGAGGAUUAGAAAGUUUAUACAGAAUAAGUACAUUGAAGCAUCUUAUCAUUACCAAUAAUAAUGAAUCUGCUGCUUUUGAACUCACAUGCAUGAUGUUGGAGGAUAUAUUACCUGAAUUAAAAAUAGAGAUUCUCAAGCCAAAAGUAAAGAGAGAAAGUAAAGUAGAGAACACUUAGUCUAUAUUACAUAAUUGUGUACAUAAAAAAAUUGUUGUGAUUUAAUAAACAAGUGUACAAAUAAAUCUGUAUAAGAGUUGAA